GUGGUGGGAGUGGUGGUGGGAGUGAGGGUUGGGGUGGGGGUGCACCUUUGGAAAAUUUGUCAUCAAGUUUUCGAAAUUCCAAAUGGAUCGUACGCCACGAUUUUGGAUCGUACGGGACCUGAAAUUAUCGUACGAAUGGGAUCGCUGGCUGCCGAAUAAAUGCAGCAGGAAAAAAAUUAUCCCAGGAAAUGCAUAACUACUCCCUCUACCGCUCUCUCUCUGUUCACUAGUGUCGGUCGAACGAUUGUUGCGCCAUAUAAUUUCCUGUAAAUACAGUGAUCUCAUUCGUACGAUAAUUAUCGUACGCGUCACAUAAUUUGAAGCCUUGUACGAUCCAAAAUUCAGCUUGUACGAUAAUUUUCGAUUUUACGGUAAUUAUCACUGUCCAAUUUGGAAUUUCGAAAACUUGAUGACCUUUUUUUUUUGUUACUCAUCAAAUUUUGCCAACGGGACUAAAAAAGGUCAUCAACUUUGAAAAAGUUGGAACUUGGACAAUUUUUCCAGAUUUUGAAAAUCUAAUCCGAAAAAUUCAACAAAUUCAAAAUUUUUCCUGUGCGUACGAUAAUUUUCCGGUGUGUACGAUAAUUUUACGCCCCUGUGUCGAUCAGACGAACUAAAAUCUCUGGGAUCACUGUGUAAACAUAACCAACAUACUUGUUGCAAGUUUUUGGAUUCAAAUGCACGUGUAUUACACAAACGUAGUGUGUGUUACGUUAUCAUUAAAUUAGUUGAGAAUAAUAAAUGAAUUGUAUGCAAUAUUAAAAAAAAUGGGCUUAACGAAGAAUCAAGAAACUCAUAGACCGGGGGUUUUUAAGCAAACUAAUAAAGCACAUAAAACAGGAAGACACCGAAGUAAAGGAGUCAUCAAUAAUGAGGUUAAAGGCAAGCAAAGCGUAAAAGUAAUAUCCAAACAAAUUCAUAAGAAUUUAAACAAAGAUGAUAGAAGACAUCAGUCUUUGCAAUUAAGAAAGAAAAAAAUGGAAGAAAUUUUAGAACAGAAGCGAAAUCUUGGUAGAGGAUCCAACUCUGCACCUGUUCUCAUAUGCAUAAUACCAUUGCAAGAAGAUUUGGAUUUAGAAAAUAUUGUUCACAAAUUGAAAAAUGCAGAUGAUACUAUAAACUCUUAUAUAAGUCCCUGUGGUAUUGUUCAUAUAAACAUACCUAGAAUGAAACAACGUUUCUCAAUAAUCGUUCCUCCUAUUGGUAACGUUUUCGGAACGCUGGAUGCAGCUAAGGUCGCAAAUACUGUGCUAUUUGUUACUUCUGCUACUAAUACGGUAGAUGGGACCGUAAGAGAAGAAAUUAUAGAUGAUUGGGGCAAUGAAAUAUUAAAAUCUUGUUUAUUACAAGGUUUGCCUACUUCUAUCGUUGCUGCUACCAAUGUAGACAAACUCCCUUUCAAGAAACGUCAAGAUUAUAAACAACGUGUAGCACAGAGUAUUUCAAAGUGUCUACCAGAAGAAAAAGUAUUCUUCUUGGAUACCCCUACUGAUUCAUUAAAUGUUUUACGGCGGGUAUCUACACAAAAACAAAGAACCGUAACUUACAGAACAAAAAGACCAUACUUAUUAGCUGAUGAAUUAAAAUAUGUUUCUACUGAGAAUUCGGAUAAUCAAGGAACUCUACUAGUCACAGGUUAUUUACAAGGUUCACCAAUAUCUGUGAAUGGUUUAAUACAUAUCCCUGGUUUUAAUGAUUUUCAAAUGUUACAAAUUGAUCUCAUUGAUAAUCCAUAUGUGAUCGAGAAGAAUAAACCGCGGAAACAAUCUGGAUCCGAUGAAAUUGAUAUGAAGAAUAAUGAAUUUUUAAUUUCUCAAACACUAGGUCAUGCAGAUCCCGAAAAACAGGAAUCUCUUGAAAGUGAAAAUAUACCAGAUUUAAUGGAUGCAGAACAAACUUGGCCAACCGAGGAAGAAUUAGCUCAGGCUGAGGCUGCUCGGAAAAAAAAGAUUGUUAAAGUGGUACCGAAAGGAACCUCUGCGUACCAAGCAGCUUGGAUUCCUGAUGAGGAUGCUGAAGAUUUGAGCGAAUACUCUGAGAACGAAUCCGAAGAUAAAAUGUCCGUGGACGGUGCAAAUUCUCAUGCAGAUAGCGAAGCUGACAUGGCAUCCGACGAUGAAGAAUAUGAAACUAUAACGAUAUCGGAGGCAGCACCUGAUGAAUGUAAAUACGAUCAGGAUAUCGACAUGGCAGAAGAAAAGGAAGCUAUGGAGAAAAUAAAUCGAGCAAAGUUGGACGCCCAAUUUCCCGACGAAGUAGACACACCUCAGAAUAUGUUGGCUAAAGUUAGAUUCCAAAAGUAUCGUGGACUUGAAUCAUUUCGUACAAGUCCUUGGGAUCCCAAGGAAAAUUUACCACAGGAAUAUGCACGAAUAUUUCAAUUUGAAAAUUUUGAUCGAACGCGUAAACGAAUAUUUAAAGAGAGUCAGGAUAUGGAUACAGCUUUGCCUGGUUGGUACAUUAGACUUCAUGUUGCCAAUGUUCCUAGGGAUAUUUUUACUGAACUUAAUAUAUUAGACAAACGACCAAUAAUCGUCUUUGGAUUACUUCCAAAUGAACAAAAAAUGUCUCUUAUAAAUAUUGUAUUAAAACACGCUAAUAUCUAUCAACAAGCUAUAAAGUCUAAGGAAAGAUUAGUGUUCCAAUGCGGGUUCCGAAGAUUUUCGGCUUGUCCAAUAUUCAGCCAACAUACAAACGGAUCUAAACACAAGUAUGAGAGAUUUUUCCGUCCAGAAAUGGUUGUAGUCGCGAGCAUGUAUGCACCAAUUAUCUUCCCGCCGUGCCCAGUUUUAUGCUACAUUGAACAAAAAAAUGGUAGUUUAGAUUUAGUUGCUAGUGGAAGUGUUCUAUCUGCCAAUCCAGACAGAAUUGUCGUAAAAAGGGUGGUUCUCAGCGGGCAUCCCUUUAAAGUACACAAACAUUCUGCUAUAGUGAGAUUUAUGUUUUUCAAUCGAGAAGAUAUCAAUUGGUUUAAACCCGUGCAACUUAGGACAAAAUACGGACGCAGAGGACACAUUAAAGAGCCAUUAGGUACGCACGGUCAUAUGAAAUGUUUCUUUAACGGACAAUUGAAAUCUCAGGACACCGUAUUGAUGAAUCUUUAUAAACGGGUAUUUCCCAAAUGGACUUAUGAACCAUUAUUUCUGACUCAACUAUCAAAUAAAGAUGAUAGUAUGAUGAUAGAUUAAUAAUGAAAAUCUAAUUUAAAUGUAAAUAAUUAUAACUUAAAUUUAUGU